AUGUUCUGUGCCCAAGCACAGAACUUCCCUGCUAUUCCAUUCAUAUUCGUGCACUCCACAACGUGUGAUGUUGUUGUCGACACGAAGGAGCGAGCGCGGCAUGCUAUAUCUUUGUUCCCUUUCGUCCACGUUAUCAUUCUAUUUCCCACCGCCCUUCCCUUGAGAACGAAUCGUGAGUUGCAGGCCCUUCACCUCGAUCAAACUCUAUCCGACAAGAUGCAGAUCGUUUCUGCUUCAUCCAUCGAAACCGCGGUGCACUUUAUGCUCUCAGUUCGUUCGAAACGAUCCUACUCGUCACAGCAACGCUCCAGGGACUUUUAUGAUCGCGUACUUUGGUAUUACACCAAAGGUCACUGACAUAUGUGUAUGUAUAGCUGUGGGCUCAAGUUGAGUCGAAGACGCACGCUAUUCAAAUCCUGCAGAUCAACCUGCCUUUUCUCCACGAAGACGAGUGCGAAAUGCUGCUCGAUGUGUUUGGGUCAAUCGCAGAGGUGUCCCGUGUGUCCGAGCAAGAGUUUCUCGACCACACUGUCUUGGAUGCCGACGUCAUCAAGCUCAUUGUCGAGUACUUUGAGCUUCCUUGCACCGCCGAUCGACUUAAAACGGCACUGUAACUGUUAAGGACAUUCGCAGUCCGUUAAUGUGCUGUGUUCCCACCAGCAGGAUGGGCGAUAGAGACUCUAGCAGGCGGAUCACAGGUGCCGAUGUACAACGAAUGAGCGAAGUGCGGCAGUGCCACGCCGACG